ACACGUAUGAGUUAUACGUGUAUCCUUUGUGUUUGUUCGUUAACCUAAUUAACUAAAGCUGUUUACUUGAGAAUAUUCACAUUUACAUGAUGAAUAUUUAGUCAACCAAAUUGGCUUUAGAAGUCAUCGCUGUGGCCAGUCUACAAUCAUGUUUGAGGAAUCUGAGCCUAAAGGCGAAACAGGUUGUAUGCAUCCGUCCAUGAACCGUCAUAGACCUGCAUUUGAAGUAUCACAGGAUAAUUCACAUUUAUUGGCGAGCAUCUUCAAGGAUCUCUACACCACAGAGAUUAUUGGGAAAGACACCGUUGCACAUUUCACCAAGACCAGAAGUGGAGGUAACAGGUACCAUGACAAAUAUGUGGAGAAGCUUCAACAGGUCCAUUCAGAGUACAGCCUUCAGAUGCGUGAUGCUGACAUGCUGGAGAACCACAUUAUCAUGGCCCGGGUCCAGACCACAGCCAGUGGGAACAGGGUGGGGGAUGAGCUGGGCCAGGCCUAUCAUCAGCUGGGUCUCCCUCCAGGCGUGUCCACAUUUAUGUGGUGUGUUGACAACAGUCUUCUGAAGAGCAACAACCUGAUCUGUCGAGGAGACUACAUCACACAGCUGGCCCCACUCAUCAAAGCCCCACGAGUCAAGUCCACCCCAGGGUUUGCCAAGCCGACAAUGUCCUACAACAGACGCAUAUGUGAUGUUCCCCAAGACGAUGGCUACACUCUGAUUCCUCCCCUAGAGAAGACAGCCCAGAGCCUGAUGGAGGAGUCAGAGAUCUCCCUCACCAUAACCUGUAGCUCUGACACCGGCACCCCGUUGAGCACACCUAGCCAGAGGUCCUGCCAGCGGCAGAAGCCUAAGUGGAUGGAUGAGCUGAAUGCAAAGAGCAGAGCAGAGGUGAGGGCUGGCCUCCACAAACUCCAGCAGAGACACAACUUCCUGCGCAACCCCAGAUUCCUUCCCCCCAAAGCUCAGCAGGCGGCCAGGUCUCUCAUCCUGCUGGAGAAGACGGGAGAGAGGAGGGGAGAGACAGACGAGAGAUCCCCAGCCAAAUCUGUUCCUGUGUUCCUGGCCAAUCCACCUGUUGUCUACUUCACUGACUACAUAGCAGGACAGGUGUAUGAGAUGACAGUGGAGCUGAGGAACAUGAGUGCUUCCAGCUGUCACACCAGGGUCAUUCCUCCCACCACCCCUCACUUCUCCCUGGGCCUGGGCAGGUUUCCUGGUGAGGGCGGUGUCAUAGCUCCUGGGAUGGCCUGUCAGUACACAGUGCGGUUUGUUCCUGACUCCCUGACCAACUACAAAGAUCUCCUGGUGGUGGAGACUCAAGAUCAGUACUUACUGGUGCCCAUUGAAGCCAGCAGACCACCUCCUAUACUGACCUUGCCCAGGGUGCUGGACUGUGGGUACUGCCUGGUAGGAGGGGUGAAGUUCUUAGAGUUUCUGUGUCGCAACGAUGGCCUCAGCGCAGGAACCUUCUGUAUCAUCCCACGGAGACAGUGGCCCGCCUCCAACAUCCGGUCUGUAGUAAACAACAGCUUUGCUGAGGAGGCACCGUUUGCAAUCAGCCCGUCCCUGUUUGUGCUGCAGCCAGGGCAGAGCACAGUGCUGGAGAUGGUGUUCUUCCCCACCUCGGCAGAAAGCUGGUCCCAGGUCUUCACCAUAGUUUGUGACAACUGCCAAGUUAAAGACAUCACUCUACAAGGUCAGGGCCAGUUGAUAGGUCUGGAGAUGGUGUGUGUCUCUGGGGAGGAAGAAGACCCUGUGCUGGAGGAGCUCCGUGACCUCACAGCCAAUCACUACGUGUGUUUCCCUCCCACCAACCCCCAGUCUGUUCAGCAAAAGACCAUCACCAUCAGGAACAACACUCACCUGGAGCUGGAGUUUCAUUGGCAGAUCAUGCAGCCCUACCUGAAGCCCCUCCUUCCUGGCGAGAGCCCUGAUUCCGCCCACAUCCAGUACCACCUAGCCAAUGACGAAGUGUUUCACUUCAACCCCACCUCUGGCUUUUUUGCCCCUCUAGGAGACCAUGAGUUCCUCCUCACAUUCACCCCUAAAGAGUUGAUGGACUACCACAGUGUGUGUCACCUGGUGUUGAGGGACAUCCCAGAGCUGCCUAAAGAGACCAGGGAGGAUGAUGGGGCUCCUCAACCUCUGGGUCCUGGGCCCAAGGUGAUGGAUGUGGUCGUCAUGGAGAUAAAGGUCGAAGGGCGGACAGAGGCCUACCAGGUCCUACUAGAACCCUACUCUGUCCACAUCCCUGGAGAGGUGUUCAUCAAUACCACCGUACGCCGGAGGUUCAAGAUGUGGAACAACAGCAGAUCCAGUAUCACCUUCCAGUGGGAUAGGAUCACUGACUGUCACAUCAUGGAGGUGGAGCCCCCUGCUGGUGAAAUCGAGAUGAACGAGUGUUUUGACCUGGAACUGGUUCUGACUGGAGGGCGACCUGGAGCAGAAGAGUCCCGUCUGAUAUGCCACAUUCAGCACCACCACCCACCUGUUGUUCUGCCCAUAUGCGUCACAUUUAAGGGCCCCCAUGUAUCAGUGAAUGUUGCCAAAGUGGAUCUGGGCCUGAUGAGGCUGGGAGACCAGAGCCAGGCCACUGUGUUGCUCACCAACACCACCCCCCUGGAGGCGCCAUGGAGCCUGGUCCACGGGGAGGGGCCACACAGUCAUACCUCUGAGAUCACAGUGGAUCCCUGUAGGGGAGUGCUGCCUCCUCUGGCCUCCUGCAAUGUGGACAUCCUCUUCAGACCCCGGGCCUGUCAACACUUUACCACCAUUCUAGAUUUAUCUGUGGAGAACGGACAGGGAUGUCAUUUGUCAGUGGAAGCAGACAUCCUGUCUCCUCAAGUGUGUCUGUUGAGUUGUGAGCUGGUGUUUCCAGAUCUCUAUGUGGGAGUUCCAUCCCUGGCUACCGUCACCCUGUUCAACCAGAGCCUGUUACCUGCUCAAUACACCUGGACCAAACUCCAGGGCGAACAAGCAUCUCUAUGUUCUGCAAGAUUCACUCCCACCUCUGGAACUCUGGGAGCCCACACAAAGAUGGACGUCACUGUGGCCUUCACGUCUCACACUGAUAUCAAGUUGAAAGGAGUAGCAGCGCUGUGUGAGGUGACAGGGAUGAAGAAACCCCUGGUUCUAGAAUUCCGCUCUAAAGCCCAGGGACUGAAUGUCUCCUACUCCUUACCUCAUACCAGCCCAGUGUCAGAUGAACAGGGCCCUGACGCCUCAUUGGUUCUGAAUUUUGGAGACGACGUCCUGUUGAAACGACCAGUCACCAAACAGCUAGUCAUAACCAAUCAUACGGCUAUCUGCGCCCCCUUUACCCUGGAGGCGGAGUACUUUACUGGACAAGCCUCCUCACUACCAGCUGGCCAAUCACAGCACAGGGGUGUGUAUAUGAGGAAACCACUACAUUAUGCUCAAGCUAAGACAAUAGAGGACAGAGCACAAGAAGGGUUUGUGAACAGUCUGUUGGCUGAUGGGAGGGGCGCGGUAUUCUUUAUCCAGCCUGACUGUGGAAUUCUGGGAGCAUUUGAGACUCAGACUGUUGACAUCACAGCUUUCACCAACAUGUGGGGAGAUUACAGAGACCAACUCAUCUGUAAGAUGGGAGACCUGACGCCCAAGCUGAUCCCCAUGCAGAUGACAGUGAGGGGCUGUCCUAUUUACUUUCAGAUGAUUGGUCCACAGCCUGACAAUCAGAACCAGGGGCCAAUCAUUCGGUUUGGUUGUCACGUCUCUGGAGGAGACACCGUCUCUCGUUCUCUUCGUCUGAACAACAGCAGUCCCUAUGAUAUUCGUGUGGACUGGGAGAACUUCACCGUGGACCAGCACGACAGGAAGCUGCUGGACAUGGUGGUCUCCUACGGCGAUGUUUUCCCCCUGAAGGACACAGAUGGCAAUGAAUUGGUGGGCGGGACUCUGUAUGCCAGGACCUUCCCUACCUGGAGCCACACCCCCAGCACAAUAGGAACAAGCUCCUCCCUCUGGAGCAAGUCAGACUCUGGGGAGGACCAGCUAGUAACUGAAGAAGAGGAAGGAGCUCUCUACUCUACACCUCCUCAAAGGAAGCUUGUUUCUGUCUUUGUCAGGCCUCACGAGGGCAACCCCUCUGACUUCCCAUACUGCAUCACUCCACAGCAGAUAGUGGUUCCAGCAGGAGGCAGUAGCACCAUUCACAUCUCAUUCACUCCUCUGGUCCUCUCAGGACUGACCUCCAACUCUAUCUGUGUGGCCUUCGCUCUGGGGUUCAUGAGCCUUGACUCCGAGGUGGCCUCCUGCAUUCCAGGUAAGGUGACCAGGGCUCAGGGUCUGGAACUGGAGCCGCUCAGACUGGACCUCCAGGCCUUCGUCAGACUGGCUAUCCUGUCAGUUCAGAUGGAGGAGGAAGAAGGAACUCUGGAGUUCUACGCUGUGGCCAGUGAUUUAAUACAUGGAGAACCACACAGCAAGAUGGCCCAGAAGGAGUUUGCCGUCACACGGACAUUCCAGCUGAAAAACAACACAGCGAUGCCUCUGAGCUUCAGAUUGAGCACCACGCCCCCUUUCUCUGUCCUGCAGCCGCAGACUAAAGGCCCCAGCAGAUCAGCCAGCUCCACUCUCCACAGCCUGACGCCGCCUGACCACCAGCUAUUGGUGCUACAGUCACACCACAUCAUGCAGGUGAAGGUAGCAUUCCACUGCUCUCCCACCCUGCUGGCCAAUCUGAGGCAGCCUGCUGAGUUACUCCCACCCGGUGUGUCUCUGGUGACCAAUGGGAGUGGAGAGAGGAAGCUGAUGUUUCAGCAGACCGUGUCAGUGGAGUACAGCAACAACAGCUUGCAGUCCGUCCCGCUGGGUGCCCAUCUGGCCAUUCCCACCCUGCAUCUGUCCUGUGACCGUCUGGACUUUGGCACCUGCUAUGUGGGUCAGACCCGUGUCAGAGAGGUUCACCUCUACAACCAAGGAGGCUCUGCUAGCUACUGGAGAGCUCUAAUAGGCUCGGACGGUGAGGAGGCAUCGGGCACGUUCACAGUAUCUCCUGACUGUGGAGUCCUAAAGCCCCUGGAGUGUUCCGUGCCCUCCUGCAGAGAGUCCAUUCAGAUCAGGUUCACAGCCAGCUACGAGGGGGCGUUCCGAGCCAGGGUCACAUUUCAGGGGGUCCUGGGGGAGCACCCCUUAUUGCUACACAUCCAGGGAAGUGGAUCCUUUGAUGAGAGAUUUGUGUCUCAGCUGCCCGACACCUAGGGGGACAGUACUGGACCCCCUCAGGACAUCAGCCAGGGAACACCUAAACAAUGGUUCAGUGCACUCUGCUUUCAGACUGGUAUCAGAUUUUAUUCAUAAAUGUUUUCACUUAAGUUUAGAGGAUGCUUAUGGAUUAUUGAUGAUUUAUGGAAAUGAAAAAUACAACCUU